AUGACCACCACCAAUUCUAUACCGACUUAUACCAUCAUACAGGCCGACGGUCUAUAUCCGGACGACGUGGUCGAACAGGACAUUUUCAACGAGACCCCCACGCACGAUUACAAUCUCAGAUACGUCCAGACCGACCUGUGGCCUCCGGGGACGGUCGAGGCCAAACCAUGGUCGGCCGUCGACAAGGCCCUACGAGACGAGGUGGAUGGAAUCAUGGUCUUGAAGAUGAGAUUUACGGCCGAAGACCUUGCCUUGUUUCCAAAGUUGAAAGUGAUCGUGCGAAUGGGCGUCGGUUAUGACAGAUUGGAUAGAGUGGCAUUGGCGGCUCGAGGGGUCACCGUAUGCAAUGUUCCAGAUUACGGUACGGCAGAGAUCGCCGACCACGCAAUCGCCCUGGCCCUGUCACUCCGGAGAGGCGUCUUGCUUCACCACGACCACCAACGGGGACCAUCCCCAUCCCCUUGGGCCUACAUCGAGUCCCCUCUCGUCGAACGCAUCCAGGGGGCCACCUUCGGCGUGCUGGGUCUGGGGAGGAUCGGGACGGCGGCCGCCCUCCGGGCCAAAGCCUUCGGCUGGAAGGUCUUGUUCUAUGACCCUUACAAGCCCAACGGCACCGACAAGUCCCUCGACAUCGAGCGGACCAAGGACAUCAGGGAACUCUUCCGCAGGUCGACCACGCUGAGCAUCCACUGCCCCUGCACCCGCGAGACCCGGGGGAUGAUCGGCUACGACCUGCUCAGCCUCCUGCCCCGGGGCGCCGUCCUGGUCAACACCGCCCGGGGCGAGGUCAUGGACCUGGACGCCGUGGAGCGGUGUCUGAAAGAAAACAUCCUCUCCGGAGCGGGACUCGACGUUCUCCCCGAGGAACCCAUCCCUGACCCGGCACACCCAUUGAUCCAGGCCUACCGGAACAAGGAGGGCUGGUUGACAGGACGAAUGACGUUGACUUGCCACACCGCAUUUUACAGCCCGGGUAGCUUCGUCGACAUCCGGGUCAAAUCGUGCCAGACCAUGAGAGAUGUCUUGAUAGACAAGCUUGACAGCAAUGUCAUCACCCCAGAUAUGGAUUAG